CCUCGUGGUGUGAGGGCGGUGAUGUUUUUCCUCCCACCCACUUUUGAGUCCCCCCUCCUCCCUCGCGCACUCUAGCUCUCGCCACAACCUGCGAGCCCCAGACCUCGGAGGAGCGCCCCGGGGAGCUCCGAGCGCUUGCACGCGUGGAAGACGGAGAAGGCCAGUGGCCAGCUUGAGUACACCAGGCCCUGAAAGUUUCAAGUUGCCUUUUGUAGUGGCCAAAAUGAGAAAAAAGUGGAAAAUGGGAAGCAUGAGAUACAUCUUUUCCUUGUUGCUGUUCUUUCUUUUCCUAGAAGGAAGCAAAACAGAGCAAGUAAAACAUUCAGAGACAUAUUGUGUGUUCCAAGACAAGAAGUACAGAGUGGGUGAGAGAUGGCAUCCUUACCUGGAACCUUAUGGGUUGGUUUACUGUGUGAACUGCAUCUGCUCAGAGAAUGGAAAUGUGCUUUGCAGCCGAGUCAGAUGUCCAAGCCUUCAUUGCGUCUCUCCCGUGCAUAUUCCUCACCUUUGCUGCCCUCGCUGCCCAGACUCCUUACCCACUGCGAACAAUAAGGUGACCAGCAAGUCGUGUGAGUACAAUGGGACCACUUACCAACAUGGUGAGCUGUUCAUGGCUGAAGGGCUCUUUCAGAACCGGCAACCCAACCAGUGCACCCAGUGCAGCUGUUCGGAGGGAAAUGUGUACUGUGGUCUCAAGACUUGCCCCAAGUUAACCUGUGCCUUCCCAGUCUCUGUUCCAGAUUCCUGCUGCCGGGUGUGUAGAGGAGAUGGAGAAUUGUCGUGGGAACAUUCUGAUGGUGAUAUCUUCAGGCAGCCUGCCAACAGAGAAGCAAGACAUUCCUACCACCGCUCUCACUAUGAUCCUCCACCAAGCCGACAGGCUGGAGGUCUGCCCCGCUUUCCUGGGUCCAGAAGUCACCGGGGAGCUCUCAUGGAUUCCCAGCAAGCAUCGGGAACCAUCGUGCAGAUUGUCAUCAAUAACAAACAUAAGCAUGGACAAGUGUGUGUUUCCAAUGGAAAGACCUAUUCCCAUGGCGAGUCCUGGCACCCAAACCUCCGGGCAUUUGGCAUUGUGGAGUGUGUGCUGUGCACUUGUAACGUCACCAAGCAAGAGUGCAAGAAAAUCCAUUGCCCCAAUCGAUACCCCUGCAAGUAUCCUCAAAAAAUAGACGGAAAGUGCUGCAAGGUGUGUCCAGGUAAAAAGGCAAAAGAAGAACUUCCCGGCCAAAGCUUUGACAGCAAAGGCUACUUUUGUGGAGAAGAAACAAUGCCCGUGUACGAGUCUGUGUUCAUGGAGGAUGGGGAGACCACCAGAAAAAUAGCCCUGGAGACAGAGAGACCACCCCAGGUAGAGGUUCACGUUUGGACCAUUCGAAAAGGCAUCCUCCAGCACUUCCACAUUGAGAAGAUCUCCAAGAGGAUGUUUGAGGAGCUCCCUCACUUCAAGCUGGUGACGAGGACAACCCUGAGCCAGUGGAAGAUCUUCACCGAAGGAGAAGCCCAGAUCAGCCAGAUGUGUUCAAGCCGGGUGUGCAGAACAGAGCUUGAAGAUUUGGUCAAGGUUUUGUACCUGGAAAGGUCUGAAAAGGGCCACUGUUAGACGAGACAGACAGUAUUGGAGAGGGUAUAGCAGGAAAACUCAAGCUGCAGCUGGACUGCAGGCUUACUUUGCUUAAGUCAACAGGGCCCUGAAACCCCAAACUCAAAUGCAGUUAAUUACUCACGCCAUGCACAGCAUAACUUGCUCCUUUAUUGGAGUGGUGUGUCAGCCCUUAAACAGUUCCUCCGAAGAGACUAGAAGAGUCUUGAAUUAGCUAUGGGAGGAAGAGGGCCAGAACACCACAACACUGCUGUAGUUUCUGGGAGAAUCACAUUUCUUUACAGAUUAAGGAGUAAACAAACCACCCCCCAACCCCAUCCCCGGGUUUCUAUCUAGAAAGUUAUUCCAGUGAGAGAAACUGAAGGGAAUUGCUUCGUAGGAGGAGUUCUGUAGUACAGAGAAAAUAUUUGUAUGAAAUUCUACUCUUCAAACUUUAGAUGUCUUGUGUUUUAAAAAAAAUUAACUCCCAACUUCACACACACACGUGCACACACCCAGGCACACACACUAAACUAGAGCCUUCACCUUGAGGCAAGGCCAGCACAGUCUCUUCCCUCCUUUCUGUUGCCUGGCUCCCAAGUCGCUUGGCCGUGUUUGGUACCCAGGAGGAUAAGUAAGGCAUCGUGAGCACAAGGCUCUGCCCUUAGGUCUGCAGUGUGGUUGCUGAAGUCACCAACUCAUGUGGUUGUUGAAGUCACCAAGUCUGGUGAAGAAUAAGAACACCAUUGCAUGGCUGCCUUCACUUUGAAGUGGGGAAUAACUUCCUCGUGACACCACUUCUCUUUUCUUCCCGAACUUAUGGGGCCUCUAUAAAGAAGUUAGAAUUGGGUAAAAGUUUUCAGAAACUGAAGACAAAAUAAUUGUUGAAGAAAGGAAUUAAUAGCAGUCAACAGGCUGGCCAUGUUUUCAAGUCAGUAAAACUCACCAAUUAACAGCUCAAUCCUCACUUAUUUUCUUGAGGUCCUAGUUUUCUAGUCCAAAAUUUUCAGUUAAAUGAUUAAAUUCUAGAAGCUCUUUAAAAGGGCAGUUUUCUCUUCUUCAACUGCAGGAGUUGAUUUUUACUUUGUAAAGGAGCUCAGUCCUCACAAGCUUCUGAACGGCGGCUCUUCAGUUAGAAUUAUUGCUCAUCUGGGGAGGUGGGGAUUCUGAUAACAUUCUUUAUGCUAAACCUUCCACUGAGCACGGAUUUGAACCAUGGAUCCCAGAGAAGCCUGCUCUGAAAAUGUCUACUUGCAGCCCGAUACCAGAGCCUAAACGAUCCAUUCUGAGGCCUGGCUUUAGAAAUCACCUUUGUGGGAAAACUGUACAUUCUCCAUAGCGGGACGCUCAGGCCUGCCUUCUACAUUGAUCUCCUUGGAGGGGGCAUGAAUGAACUCUAGUGAAUACUUAGAAAAGGUAGGGACUAAGAAAUGCCAUAUUUCCUACUCUGUGAUCAUGGGUGAAAGGAACUCCCCCACCCUUAAUUUGACACCAGUAGGGAAAAAUGUAAAAUGUCCAGUCUUUCUGGCAACCUGACAUAAAGAAGUCUGUUCUCAGAAAAGAGACACAGGGGCCCAGUGGCCAGGCCUUCAUGGGAGCAGCCUCUUACAAGCCCCCCAGACAUUCUCCUGGGGAAGAGGAAGUAGGACAUCCAGGGCUGAAAGGCCACAGGGCAUUACUGGAGGCGGGAGGGUGUGGAUGAGGUUAAGUAGCCGCUGCUCCCCUCCCAGAGGUGGCAGCCUUUCCAUAGCGUGGAAACAAGUCACCGAAUCCCGAGGCAAAGCAGUGAUUUCCCCUCCUGGAUGACCCACCCCAAAGCCUUCCCACCCAGGUGUUCUCUGAAAGCUCAACCUUAAGGGAACACCCAGGGAGCUUCCCUAGAUAGACUCCUGCCGCCAGGUGCUGGGACACACCUCUGCCAAGUGCUGUGUGAAGCAGGAGCUGGGGAGCUGUGCUAAGCCAGCGUCGAAACCCUCCAGUGUUCGGUAUCGUGUCGGGAGUGGGGCAUAAGGAGGAGAGGCCAAGCCGCCUGUAGUCAGUGGACAGGAAUGGAUGUGGUUCUUCUUGUGUAUUUAUUUGUACCAUAAACACUUGGAACAACAAAGCCCAUAAGCACCACUUAGCAGUUGUAGCCAUUUAAUAGUUAACUCACGUAAACAAGUAAGAGUAACAUAACAGUAUUACCCUUUCACUCUUCUCACAGGACAUGUACCUAAACAUGGUACUUAUUUAUGUAGUCACUGUAUUUCUGGAUUUUUAAAUUAAUAAAAAAGUUAAUUUUGAAAAACCCUG